AUGGAUAGCUCUCAGUUCGAAAAUUUAAUGAGCUUUUUGCCGCAGAUGACAACUACUCCAUUGUCGGCUGAUUCUAGACAGAAUUUACUUUCUAAACCGAUGGAAACUACCAUCAACGAAAUACAAGCCGCUGCCGGUGCCAUUCCUAAAAAAGUUCGUAAAAUUACUAAAGCAGAAUUGAUUGAGCAAAUCGCUGAAUUACAGGAAAACAUUGAUACGAGAUUAUCAAAACUUGAGCUUUCACACCAGCCCCCCAGAUUGACAUCAACGGUACCUUGCAAUAAUUCUACACCAAAGCCCUCCACUGCACCUAUGAAUAUGAUGAUGGAAGAUAGGCCUACUACUGAAGUUACAAUUAAAAAUCUACAGGCAAUUCCAGAAGUCAAAUCAUCUGUAGCUGCUCAACUAGACUCGAUGCCAAUAAUUGGUCAUGCUGAUACCAGAAUUUUACCUGAUAGGCCUAAUCCUAACGAGUUUUACAGAAGUAGUGCAGCCAGUUUAGGCCUAUUACAAGAUCACGAUACCGCAGUGCCAGAAAAAUUUGCUAGACUAUUAAAAGAUGUUAUGAAGCUGGCAAUAUUAAACGGAUGGAAUCAUGCCCGUCAAUACCACAACUGUGUAUUACAUGGUAUUGAAGUUGGUUCCCAUACUUGGACUUCAUCAUUUGAAAAUUUGUCUCAUUUCACAGCAGUUGAUGACACUAAUUCUACUGUCAGCUCAAACAGUUUUAACAGUGCUAAGAUUAAGCAAUCGAGUAAUGCUAAUAGCAAUACCCAAAGAAUUCAGAACAUUAUAUGCUACAGCUACAAUUAUGACAAGAAUGUGGAUACUGAGUGUGCUUUCUCACGUGAUGGUAAGCAAUGUCAAAAGAUUCAUGUGUGUUUAGCGUGUGCAAAAAAUGGAUAUACAAAUAAGCAUCCAGAAAAACUAUGUGAGAAAUCAAAAUCUAACAAUAGCAGUUCUGGUAAUUGA